GCAAUAAUCAAAAUGGCGGCACUCUCAGCUGGAUGAAUUGCUUUGAAAGUGAUUUGAUAAUAAUUCCUCAAACCCCGUCUCUAUCGGAAAAGUCAAACGGAUAUUUAACAGAUAACGACCAUUCUCUAUGACUGACGACUCCAAAUUUGCGAUAGUUUCUCCGAAAUCGGUUAAAUUAUACGCUGAGAUUGUUGGCGCGCAAGGUUUGACAGAUGACCUUGCGAGUUCUCUUGCGGAAGAUGUGACCUACAGACUUCGCGAGACCCUUCAGGUAAGUCUGAUCACCACAGAAUUUCUUUGUUGAGUUUAUAUUAAGUAAUCAUCUCGUAACCUGUAACAAACCCACAGAGUGCAUCUCAGUAUAUGAAGCAUGCCAAGAGAAGACGGCUCACAUGCGAAGAUUUCAACAAAGCAUUAGAAAGGAGCAGUACUGAGGUGACAAAUUAAACCUGUGUUGUUAUUGUACUCAUGAAUAUUAUUAAGGGAAGCAUGCCAAAUUUAAGGCCUUCACAAGUCCUCGACAAUUUCGUUGUUGGGUUUUUGAAGAAACUCCAAACUCCGCGACCGAAAAUUUUUCCUGACAUGGAGUUACCCCCUGCAAAAAUUAGCCUCAGAAAUAGAAUUAUUUAAUUAUUACCCACCCUUCAUGGGCAAUGGUACUAUAUUUUCACCCUCAGAAAUUGACGUUUAGAAUUUACAAUGAUCCUCUCUCCUGACCCUCUCAGUAAAAUUCACAGACUUAAUGAUCCCUUCAGGAAAUCUAGCUAAUCUAUGAUGGGAGGGUUGGAAGAGGGGUGGUGGAUAUAAAAUGGAAUGGCCUUAGGGGGUGUAGAUAAAAUAGAAGUUUGCUUUGAUAAUUAAUGCAGACUCAGCAUACUCUCUGAUAAACCUGAAUGAUAAACUAUUGAUCCCUCAAUCAUGAUUGCUAUUUAUACCAAAGCUACUUGAGAACACUCAUCCUUUCAAAACUGGAUUGGAGUUUAGAAAUGGAGAAGAGCAGAGUUGAGCCAUAAAUCACUUGUGGAAUGCUUAAUACAGUUCAUUUUCAAGAUUUUUUAAUAAUAAUUAUCAUCGUGAUCGUAUUUUAUUAUUUUUAUCACUCAGCCCAUUUAUGGCUAUGGAUCAUUGGAGGACAUGGCAUUUCGAAGCACAGUGGCCAAAGAUGGAGAAAUUUUCUUUGUUGAUGACAAGGAGAUUGGUUUGCGAGAAAUGGCCAUGAAUGUUGCAGUUCCCACUGAUCCUGGACAGAGAACAGUCAAAGGUAAUAACUGUUUACAUUUUAUUUCAGAUUGCAUCAUUUUAGAAUGCAUCUUGCCUAGCAAAGCUUUGAUGUUCGUGAUGGAAUACCAUUAACAGUAGUUUGACACAAUACCACAGUCAACUAUUUAUUUAGAAUGGACACCUUUAUAUAAAGACCACAGAGCAUAGGGGCUGGGUGGGAUAUAGCCUCACCAAUAAUUUCACUGCAAUUUUUUUUGCAUUAAUUACAAAAGUAUUUCCAGUCUUUUUGUUAAGAGCGAAUGCACUUUUUGUUGUUAAAUGUGCGUUUUUAUGAAGAAAACUAACAGAAUGGUGAUGGACAUUUUACAAAACUUUCUCACGUUUGAUGGAAAUAAACAUGUUUCUGGCGAUUUUGAAAACUCUAUUUUCAGCUAGCCCCACCAAUCCAAAAGAUGCUCCAUGAAUUUUCAAUAUGUCCCUAAGUGUACACCUACAGUUAAUUGGUCCCAGCCUUCAUUCCUCUCAUUUGAUUCUCUAUAAGGCAGACUUAUGUCCAAGACAGACCACAAGUAAAAUUCCCCAUGUUUCAACCAUAAAAGUUUAACAGUAUUUUACUUACUUCACUUCAGUCUCCUGAUUGUUGUGAUUUUUUAGCUCUCUUGUUUUUGUAAAUUUUAAAAUUAUUUAAAAAUAGAUAGUGUAAGUUAUCAUAUAUUUUUUUGCUUAUCUUUCAGCCCAUUGGCUAUGUAUUGAGGGUUCAUUGCCUGUUGGAAGUCAUGCCCAAUUAAAUGCUGGUACGUUUUUCAGAAACAGUCCAUUGCAAGGUUAAACGGAAAAAAUAUGAUUUUCACAAUAGUUACUGAAAAAUUAGAAAACAAAUGACUAAAAAUCAAGAUUUAAGUGUGAGCACAUACCCUUAUUUUGUGUGGUUUUGUUUACAAAAACUGUGUUAUUCCGUUCUUCAAUUCAACCUUAGGUCGAGGUAGCAGCACUAGUGAAAACGGAUCUGUGCGCAGCCCCCUGUCAGAGGUGAUAAAUUAGUUAAUUUACUGCCAUUUAUUAUAAGUAAACUCACCUUUGGAUGGUUGUCCACAAUUAGAUUUAGUAUUGUACACUGUGGUAAUUAAAUCAUACCCAACAUUCCCUAUCAUUUUUUCAUAAUCAAAGAUAAUCUAUUUCCAUGCACAGGUUAUCAUGGUUACCCAUAGCCAUACCUGUCAAUACGAGUAGCAAGUCACUUAACCUGAGAGAGAAAUGGCAGGGAUCAAUGGCAAUAUUGCAUAAUUAUGGGAAUUCCUUGUCACCCUUUUACAUAACUAUCAGCAAACAUGUCUGCCUCCCUGUAAACCAAUGCAGAACUGGUGUAUCUAUUUAAGGUCCAUAUUAAAUUCUUUACUUAAUUGUCACAUUCAGUUUUCACUACCAGUGUUCUUCCUUAUUAUUAGCUACUUUGUCUACCUUAAAAUUAAGUAUUUUUGAACCUUGUGUUUAUUUCUUUGCAGGCCUGUUUGAAUUAUUAUGAGCAGAUCACAAAGGCUGUCUUAGGUGAUGAGGAAGAGUCCUGCAGAGUAUGUCUUGUUCAUUUCAAUAAACUGUUUCUCAGUCUGAAGAUUAUUGAUUGUUAAUAGAGACGUAAAUCCCCAAACUCACAUUCAAUAAAAAGCAAACAAUAACUUUGAGUUCAACCAUAGCUGAUAGACACACCUCGUUCAUAACAUAACAAGUACCACAGUGGGCUACUGCCCAGACAUGCUUUCAUCUGACUGGCCACACUUUAGGAUUUAAGCCCAAAGUUAUUACAGGACUCCAACAUGCCUUGAAAUCCCUUGAGUUCAAAACUCAAAAUUCAACUUGCUUUCUUAGUAUAAGAUUCUGGAAUACUGCCAACCUACUCCUCCCCUAAUCAAACAUUUUUUCCUUAGUAAGAACAAGUCAGUGUCAAAGUGGGCUUAGGGGAGAGGUGGUUGGGAAGAUUCAGAUGACCGUUUCCAGAUUCUCAAGUGACCAAUAAGUCUAUAAACAUGUCUGUACAAAAGUUUCACACAGAAAGGAGAUGAUUUAAGCACUUCUCAAUAUUGAGUGGAAUUCUUGAAUUAUUGCAAUUGUGUUCUUGAGUAGUCCUUACAAAACGCCUUGAUUUACUUUUCUGUUUAAAAGGAGUGAGAACCAUUUGGAACCACGUUUAUAAAUUUUCUGAUGAUUACUACGUUGUCGGAUAGUUGUGUCGGAGCUGACACUUACAGGCGUCUGAGUUGCUGGCUUAGUUCUGGCCUACUCUGUACUAUUUUUUCUUCUCUUUUAUUCACCAGGUGGCUCUAAGUGAUUUGAGGACUAACCCCAAGAUUUCAUCUUUAUUGGCAUAUUUUGUGAAUUUCAUCGCAUCAGGAGUAAGUAAAAAUAAUCAUCCGGAGUAGAGAAGACUAGUGUGAUGCCAUGUUACCAUGGUAGCAAAAUUUCUGGAUCUCAACAAUCUUUCUUGACAGAUACAGCGAUUUACGUUGUCAAACCAUGGAAGAAAAGUAUGUGGGCUACCUUUUUGUUCUUGAGUGCAAUAAUGCGCAGGAAAGUCAUACAUGUUAAUUUUUUUCAUUUUUUUUCUGCCAUAUUUGCAGACCACGGUUUCUUGAGAUCCUCCAGAGAUUUUGCUACAAUGACAACAUGACAUAAUGACUUUUCCUCUCUAUUAUUUUGCUGUUGUUACUACGAAAACAAGAAUUCUGAAGGAGUUUAGGAAUUAGAAUCAUAUUAUUCUUUUGUAACGAUCAGUACAAAAAGAAAAUCAACAGAAAGGUCAUUAGAGAAAUACUGUUUAAUAAACCUGCAGGAGUGCUUUAUCAAGUUUAACACAUGAGGUGGGAAGUUUCAGAAUUUAUGAAGCAUAAAAACAGAUGUAGAUCUAUUGACCAGUGUUCUCGUUAUCAGGCGGUAACCGGUAAAAUUUACUGCCUGAAGCAACACUUCUUACCGUCUGCAACUGCUUAAAGGUUUACCGAAAUUAAAUAAUUUUUUUUCCAAAAAAUAUAUACAAGUUGUGAUCCGAUCCGAUCCUCAAAAGAAAAUGAAUGAAUAUAUGGAAAAUUAUAGCUACCUAUUACAAAACGUACAGCCCAAAAAUAAUGCAUGUACAGGAACUUCUUUUUGCGUCCGCAAGCUGGCAACUUCGUGCGGCUUUUUGCAGGGCGCUUGCGCUUGAAUUCAGCAAGACGCAAGAACUUCUUUUGUGGUUAUAAAUUUAACCACAAGAAUUUCUUUGCUGUGGGAUUUUCGAACCGCAGGGCAGCAACUUCUUUCAGUGCGGUAAAAUUGCCGCAGACAAGUGAAAAUUUAUUAUGACAAUAAAAUAGCUGUGCCGCUUUCUGUAUUUGUCAGCGGAUCACUAAUCUAUGCUUUAGGGACAUAGUUUUGAACAUUCAAUUCCUUCGUUCUUGCUGGUUUACAAUGACAGGGAUGUAUAGAUAACAAGUGUAAACAAAACAGAUAAACUAAAAAUACUUUCACGUGUCAUGAUCGGUGAAUUUUGAAACGGUAUAUAUAAAAUUAUCUUGUGCAAAGGUAACCUUUUAAGCGAGGAAAUCAGAGGAAAUGUGUACAAUUUUGAUUAAAAAAAGCAGCGCUUCAAAAAAUAAGGAACGAUCGUAGUAUGUUGCGGAAAAGAGCCGUGUAAUUUGAGACCGCACGUACAACUGUGUCAACUCAAAGCGCUCUUGGAAAAUAAAAACAUGCUAAAGUAAAGUAAGGAACAUUUUCACUAAAGGCUCUUUCAAAUUAGCGUAACAAAGUAAUAAAUAAUUCCCAUGUUUUCUUGCGGCAGAAAUUCAACGCCUUUGGUUUGUUUUGCCGAGACUAUGCUAUUGUACUAUGAAAUGAUCCAAAUGAUCGAAAUGUUCGAAACUACAGAUCGGUUUGUUAAACAAACGCCUCACACGCUUUAUCUAACUUUGGAAAAGCUGAACGAUUGAAGAGUUCACUUUUCAGGAAAAGCAGAGAAAGCUGUUCGCUUUCUCAGGCAACUUUUUACGUGUGUCCUUGCAUGAUUACCUUUUGCUGCCACAGAGUGAAUUAGUAUCAACGCUACAAAACGGUGUUGUAACAAAAAGGCGACAAAGACCAUAAACUUCUUUCAGUUUAACACAAGGAGGCUCCUUGCACUAAUUAUUUAGAUUUGGGGUUAUAUUGGGCUUAAAGAUUCACCCUGUUGAUAUCAGAUAGAAAGGAAAGGACAUUAAUGAUCUCAAAGAUGAAAAUAAGAGUCUUGAUUUCAAGACAAAUACAUAUGAUUCGAAUUAUGAUAAUCAGAAUGUCUACAUCAGCCGUAAUGGUGUAAAAGGAAUUUGCUCUUAUGGAACAUGAAUUUCCAUUAUCUUAAAUUGGUUUGUUUACUGUAGUUUGCAUACCCAUUUGCCCCUCAAAAAGCGCCUUUUUCAGUUCUGAUGGCAAAAGUAUUUUUCAGGUGAAGUCCUACAGCCAUGACUUAACACAGCUGAGCAAGCUACUGAGUAUGGUUAGAUCACUGAUUGAAAACCAGUCCUUGUUUUUGGAACCAUAUGUAAGCAAUUUGAUUCUUGUUUUCGUUUUAUUUUUAGUUUUCCUGUUAUGUUUUUGGCAACUUAAUACUGGUAAAAACUUUACCUACCUAGAGUUGUUAACUGCUGCAGCCUACUAAGUUCGUCGGUUUUUCGCUGCUCUCUCUCUCUCUCCCUCUUGCACUUUUUCAUCAGAUGUGCAAGAACAUAAACACUAGUAGAUAUUGAACAAUAGCCUUGCGAUAGACUUUUUGAAUUUUAUUGUCUGUUUAAUAAAUUAGUGAGUAACUCAGACUUCCUGCGUACUUACUUAAGACUUCCUACAAACUUAUUUUUGUUUUUUUCUUCUGACGUACUUUAUGGUGGUUUUAGAUUUCCUGCAUACUAUUUAACUGUUGAAUGCUUCAAGUACAUGUAGUUGAUUAGUAUAAUUAGUAUAAUAAAUGAGUUUUGCCAAUUUUAUCUAUACACUUGCCCAAGCGUGCUCUUUUGAUUCAUACCGGUACUUGAUUUUAGUUACGAUUGGUUGCACACGCCUUGUUCAUUGUGAUUGUAAAAAAUAAAAAUGUUUGAACUUAUGCUUUCCUCGUCUUGCCCUUGAAUACUUGGCUUGAAGUGAACGUUUAUCGCGUUUAUUGUUUAACAAAGGAAAUAAAGGAAACAUGCUAGCGUUAAAAUUAAUGCAAAGUUAAUAUAAUGAAGUAGUUCUAUAACGUUGCAUGAUGUAGCGUUAUAUAGCGAGGAGAUUUACGGUCGUGUCGCCUACGAUUCGUUUCGCCAACGUCCAGUUCGCUAACGCCUUAAGUCGUUGCGCUAACGUAUAACUUGUAGAAGGAGGUAUAUGUGCAUCGCACUCUUUCGUAUCAUGGCUCAAAGAAAGAGGCAAGCUCGUUCCCAGGUUCUCUCAUGGGGACCCUGGGAAUGAGGUUGAGAACGAGGGAAACGUGCAGUGCUAGUUUCGUUUCAUAAAGAAUGACUUAAGACGUUAGUGAGGGCGACGUAAGCGAUUCAACGACUCAUAGGCGAAACGAGCGGUCACCAGCGGGGUUUUUUUUCUUACAGUUUACAACCUUUCUCUCCGUUUUAUACUGUUUGGUGAAAUUGUUCUGUUCGUUUUCGUAGGUUAUUCAGCUUGUUACAGCUGUCAUGUAUUGUUUGCUUGAGUCUCUUGCUGCCUCCCUUAAUCCACAUAAUGAUCACUGGCGGCUGAGGGACGAGGCAGCCAACAUUCUGGUACGCAUCAGUAGGUACGGGUUACUUCUUCUCUAUUCACUUUGCUACCCGGUCAAAUGCUCCUGACUGCUCUCUCGCGCAUGCGUAAGGUACUGGUGUGUGCUUCAGUGCUGAAUUUAUUUGGUCUUGCUACCCCUUACGACGAACUACGAUCGUUAAGGAAGCCUUUCAGUUUGUUUUUACAACUUUUAUUGAUCGUGUAUGCCUGAUCGUUUUACCCGUCGCAGUUUGACUUGCAUGCCUAUUUACUGCUAUGUUCUACAGUGCUAUAGUGUAAGUUAAGAUCUUGCUUUCUUGCAUUCUCGUUCCCAGAGCCCGUCGUUUCUUUUGGUCACGUGAUCCGUUACAAACUAAUGCGAGUGUCUCUAGGGACGAGAAUGGCUUUCUUGCAAUCCAAGUUUUGUUAGUCUAAAUUGUGACUUCGGGCGAAUCGACCCAAUUCCAGGCGAAACAACCUGGAUACCCUUUACAACCUGUCACUGAGAGAUAUUGCCUUUUAACCUAAGAAUUUUGGUAAUGAUCGGUGAAAUUAAUUUUGAUUUACUUACAAGCAAUGCUUCACUGUCAGUCGAUCCGAGGCAGGUUUUUCACUUCGUCCAGUUAAAAAAUAACAUAAGCCUCAAAUGUGUCGUGGUAAAUAAUUUUUUUUCAAUGACACAGAUGGCUAAGGGAGAUUUUUCUGAACUUUCUGAAAGUCCAUCACUGCGAGUCGUAUGUUGUUUUUUCUCCUAUUCAUUCUCUCUUCCUUCUCUUUUGCCAUAUAUUCAGGACCUACAAAUAGUAUUAGUUUCCCACCGGGGGGGGGGGGGGGGGGAAAGUGGCUCCUGUUGGGGGGGCUCUUUUUAAACCACUCUUUUUUUUGAGUGAAGGCAGCCCAAAAAGACGUUUGUGGUGCGUAUUAUAGGCAAUGACGACCAAUACAGUAUUGAUGGCGCUAAUUCUGCUUGACUGUAUUUCAUCCGUUUGUUUGUCUACAGGAAGUGCAGUAAUCCAGUUAACUACCUAAAACAGCAGCUGUUGAUGACGCUUCAAGAAGUGUUGUUAGAUGAUGGCCGCCCUUUCUGUUCACAUUAUGGUGCAGUAGUCGGACUGACUGAGUUGGGGCCAGAGGUAAAAUCAGACUGUUUACACUCGCAGUUUUGUAUUUUCUCUUGUGAUUGUCGAGAGUGAUCACCAAAUUCCAGAGGCCCCAUCCAUUUUUUAUGUGGAGAACGUCGGAAGUCUAAAGAGAGUGCAAAUUAACCAUUUAUAGGGACGGGCUAGACGGGGGUCGGUUGGGGACGACAGAAAACGACCUACCCCCUCCCUAAUUUAAUUAAUUUAAUAAUUUCCCUUAUCAUCAUGAAAUCCCGACAUCUGUUAGCCUGUCGAAUUCGGCGAUUGAUCUCGAAAAUCACACGGUAAAAUAGGGAAUUGUAAACAUUUAAAUAGUGACUAUUAAAAGUUGAUUAUAUUUUCCGUUAUUGUUAGUCCCUAAAGUAAUCUAACGGCAUGUUGGUUGUUUGUUCCAGGCACUAGAACAGUUUGUAAUGCCUCAUCUGCGCACAUACUGGAAUCAGCUACAGCAAGUUCUAGAUGAUACUACCCAAUCGAACGCUCUUUUGCAAGAUGAAGCCUAUCAAGUUUACGGAGCCCUUCUUGUAAGAAAACUGACAGCGCUUCUUCAUAUUAUUGGUAGUUACCCAGAAUUAGAAUUAGAUGCGAGCAAAUUUAGCUUGGCAGGGAUUGUAAAAAAGGAGAAAUUAUUUAAAUUAGGAGUCUGAGCCAACUUAACCUAAUUUGAUAAAGGUAGUGAAAAACUUUCAGAUUUUGCUCAUAAAUGGUCAUGCACCUAAAGUAGUAUUUCUCUAGCUGUCAUCUUGACAUCGAAAGACGUCUAGUACACGCGUCCCUUCUUGAAGAAGAUCCGGAAAGAAAUCUUUUGUCUUUAUCUUAGUGCUGGGUUGUCUUCUGUAAUUUUAGUUUUAUAAUGCAGUUUUAUUUGGCAUAACCACUGACUUAAAAUAACGUGUUCGAUAUUUUCCCUCUUCAGCAGGCCGCUGGAUGCCUUUUGAAAUCCAAACAAUUUGGUGUGCCCAUCUCCUCUCUCGGGACUCAAGUCAACAACUCCCACCCAUUCCUGCGCAGCAAUCUCUCGCCGUGGGCUGGGACGAGCGUAAUUCAGCGCCCAGCUCCCGUUGGCUCUACGCGAUCGCGGUCGAGUUCGACCAGUCUUGCAUCUAACUCUCUUCAAUUGUACCAACAACUCUACGACGUGUUUGGAGAUAGUUUAGGCCCCAGAAUUGCACAUAACAACUGGCAAGACGCCGCUGUAACUAAGAACAAUCAGCUGCGGAUGCAACCAUUUGCCCAUGCGUACUUUCCAUUACGCCCACUCGCACGUGAUGCUAACGUGAUCAAAGAAAUGAUAAUCAAAGCGAGAGAGAAGCUACGGCUAGUGAGCCCCCAAACACCGGCGCAAGGAACCAAGAGAAAAAGAACAACCAGCGAGAGCGGAUCAGCUCAUAAGACUUCUGAGAAACGGGCAGGAACAAAAGCUAAACGCGUUUGCAUGACUGUAAGCCCUGCGCGAGCGAGACUUCAACAAGUCCCAAUGGAGUUAGACCCUGAAGAACCCAAUCCCUCGCGAAGCUCCAAGAGGGGCCGUCACAAGGCUUUUGAAGUGCCAGGGAUACAAGCACAAGGAGGCCGGAAUCGUUCGAAAAGAGCUAUUGUUACCGGACGCAUACAUAGAAAGUUUAGAAGAGUCAACCCUUCUUUGAAUAAUACGGCGAAGUAUGAUUAUCAUUUAGGUGUAAUAUUAUAGUGCUUCGCUCGCAUUUUUUGUUAGAUACCAUUAUUACAGAACAAAGCUAGACUCGACGCUUUUUGCUCAAACAUGUAGUGGUACGUAUCACUGUCCGAAGAGAAAAGUGGUAACUUUCUUCACCUCGUUGAGAGCGUUAAAUAUAUUUGUCAAACUCAUAACUAUUUAGUAGGCAUGUUGUUCAAUAAGAUUCCGUCCAAACGCAUCCAGAUAUUUUUGAAAACAGAAAUUUUUUCAUCCGUCUUAGCCUUCCUUCCACACGUCCACGCCGUUUUCGGGCACCAAAAACGCAUUUUUU